AUGUCGUCGUUUCUACCAAAUUUCGCUUCCGGUUAUUAUUCAACUGUAGCAGCAAUAAUUAUUAUCAUACUGUUUGCUAUCCCAUAUCAAUUUUCUUUACUUCACCAAUUGUAUAAUUCACGAACAAAAUCAUCAUUAAAAGAAUCAGAAAACCUAUCAAUUAGAAACAACUUACCAAUACAUUGGAAAAUUACCGUCUGGAAUCAUAAAUUCUGGAAUUAUAUGCUCCACAUUAUCGGAGUUGGUGAUAUGUCAGCCAAAGAAGCUGUUUUACUCGCGAUUUAUUUGGGACUCAAUACCGUUUUUCUAUUCAUACCAUUUGAAGAUCAACUGACACACGACAUUGUACUACGAAAUAAUCGAUUCGGCUGGGUCGGUUUAACGAACGCUGCGUUUGUAUUUCCGUUAGCAACUCGUAAUUCAGUUUUCGUUCAUCUGUUAGGAAUUCCGUUCGAGCGUAUAAUCACUUUUCAUCGAUGGGUUGGAAGAAUAGUGAUUUUUAUGAUAAUGUUCCAUGGUGGAAGUCAUAUUACAUAUCGCUGGCAAACGGUGACUCAUGAUAUCGGUGAUCUGAUUUUUACUUAUAGAGUUAAUUUAACGGGAUUUCUUUCUUUUUUCGGGCUUUUCGUUAUUGGCGUGACUUCGCACUCAUUAGUUCGACGACGUGCUUUUGAAGUGUUUUAUUAUGGACAUUUCUUUUUUAUUAUGUUUCUCCUGGUUUCAUUCUUGCAUGAUAGAAAUCAUGUGUAUUGGUUGAGUCUUGGAUUCUUAUUGUAUGUAAUAGACAGGAUUAUUCGGUUCGUUAUUGGUUACAAAGAAACCAAUAUCACUAGUAUAAAAGCUCUCGAAGGAGGCGUCACUCGUAUAGCAUUCACACGACAAAUGAAAUAUAAACCAGGACAAUAUAUAUUUGUACAUUUUCCACAAUUGAGUAAAUUACAAUGGCAUCCUGUCUCAUUGUCAUCUGCUCCUUCAUUAACCGAAGACAGCAAACAACAUCACGCAACGAUACAUUUGAAAUCUUCAGGCGAUUUUACCGAGAGUUUGUUUAAACUGGUCCGGUCUUCCAACAAUGGGGAAUCAUCAACGCCAAUUACGAUGAGAGUGGAAGGUCCUUACGGACGACCAAGUUUGAAUUUCCAAGCUUUUAAGACUGUUGUAUUAAUAGGUGGAGGGAUUGGUGUUACACCUAUUAUGAGCCUUUUGCAAGAUCUAGUGGAUCGACAGGUUACGGGUAAUCCAAUAACUACACAAUCAAUUUUCCUUAUAUGGACAGUUCCUAAUCUUGCUUCAUAUUCAUGGUUUGAAUCCGAAAUACAAGAAGUUCAAAACAAAUUUUCCGCAUUACCUACAGAAAAAUAUCGACUCAAUAUCAAGAUAUUCGUCACGCGACCAAAAGAGAGUCUUCCAGCUGACACAACUCUACUAAUUCAAGGCAGACCAUCUUUCGACACUCUACUCAGUGAAAUAAAAAAUUACCAUGGAUCAGGUGAUAUUGCUAUUGCUGUUUGUGGACCAGCUGUUAUGCUUAAAGAAGUCCAGCAGAUAGGAAUCAAACAAAGUGAUCAAUUUGGUCUUUUCAAAAUACAUAAAGAAACAUUUGCGCUUUGA